UAACUUUUCACGUUAUAUCGAAUUGUGUUAAUUGUUGAGCUAAUUGACUUGACGAAACAAAAUUGUUUUUAAUUAAGUUUUCUGAGGUACACUCGACAGUGAUAUUUUGAAGCAUUAUGUUUUUCGGUUUGAUUGUUUUGUUAUUCAGUCGCGGGUGAUAGAGAUAUUGGGGCACUCAAAGGGUAGGAAGAAAUGUGCAGAAUUGAUUUGGUUUCUUAUUUUAACACCACAAACUGCAAUUCUUCAAGAAAAAAAAUUACAACAUACAUAUAGUUUUUUGUUUGCACUGGAAAUAAAAAUAAUUUGUGUUUUUGUUUUUCUGUGAAGAAAUAUCCCCUCUCUUUUACAUCUAAUUUCCAAGGUCAACAGAUAGGAUCUAUUAAUAGAAUCAGAUGUAAACUGUGUCAAUGUUGUGAAAUAUAUUGACACUUUUCCGUACUGUAUGCAGUCAGAAUAUGACAGGAGAGAGAGAGUUAGUUAAGCAGUUAAAUUGAAGGAAAUAUAACAUACAUCAUAGGAAAAUUAAGUACAAACUUUUGAAAUAAGGACUGCAUUAAAGGUAAACCAUGUCGUCAGCAUUUGUGGGCUGUAUCGUGUCUAUUGACUGUGGGGAGGUGCUGGGGAUGUACCAGGGUCAGGUCACCUGUAUCAAUAACAGUUCCCAGGAACUGACCAUCACCAAAGCCUUCAGGAACGGGCUCAAAUGCCCUGUGUCAGAAAUCACCCUCAAUGCCUCAGAUAUCAAGGAGCUGAAGAUAGUUAAGAACUCGACUGAGGCUGUAUCAAUUACCAAAAAGAUACAGCAGUCGACGCCGUCCAAGUUGUCUCCAGAGAACGACUGUUUGUUGUCGGGACCGUCCCCGGUAAAGAUCAUAGAGAAACCUGUGAGUGUGUUGUCGGAGAAACAGUUGAAUGACUCUUGUAAUGUAAGGAACGGCAUCAGUAAAAGCAACCAAGAGGGAUUAGUAAAUGGAUUCCUGAAGAAGAGUAGCAGUUCACCAAGGAUGACCAACGGAAAUAUGCCAAGGUCUCCCAUAAACGGGGUCAACAGAUACGCAGCCACCAAUGGGAAUGGGUAUCAGAGGUACACACCUCCUUGUGAAAAUGGUGGCCAUAAUGUGAGAUACACACCCACUAAAGAAGAGCCGCAGAGGCCAAGAAGAAAUUCCGCAUCUGAAACAAAAGCUAGAAGCUCAUCUGCAUCAAAGAAGAUUGAUUUCCGUCGUAAAAUUCAGUCCCAGAGCAGAGAGGACUGCUUCAGUGCUCCAUCAGAGUCCUACUUACAGGACUUUGAUUUUGAGAAAAAUCUUGCCCUUUUUGACAAGAAAGCAGUGUUUGAAGAGAUUGAAAGUGCCAAUCCAGAACUUACUAAAGUGAUGGACAACAAAAAACCACAGAAGUACAGGUGUGACGAGAACGUGCUUCAGUCCGCUCCUGUUGUAUAUAAACAAAUCAAAGUGCCAAAAUCUGUACCCUCAAAUAGUUCUUUUGUGACUGAUUCUGGAUUAGUAGUCCCCAGUAUAACUUAUGAGUGGAGGAAAAAGUUAUUUGAGGCAGCAGAGAAGUUAGGGUUUAAGCAAGAGAGACAGAUUGAGAUGGUAGGGCGUUCUGCGAGUGAGAUGGUGCUACAGCUACUGGGUGGUUCAACACGAUUGAAUCCUCAAAAUGGCCACCAACUGCCAUCUGUGAUGGUCCUCUGUGGUCCCCACCUGCAGGGGGCAUAUGGAGUCAAUUGUGGCCGGCAGCUGUCAAAUCAUAAUGUCAAAGUUCAAGUCUUCAUGCCAGGCCACGCCCAGAUCCCCGCCUUCAUGGAAGAUGAAUUGAAAUUGUUUGACUCUUCUGAUGGCAAAAGGACCUCUAGUCUUCAAGAUCUUUCAUCCAGUGCUGUGGAUAUUAUAAUCAAUGCCAUGGACACUCAUGGAAAUACUCAAUACAAUCAACAGGGUUGGUUCAUUGCCUGCUCAGAAUGGGCCAACCACAGCAAAGCUCCUGUUCUUUCCCUUGAUCCCCCAGGGGAGAGCACUGGUGUCCAGGCCAAAUGGAGUCUGGGUAUCUGUCUGCCACUCAGCGGCGGGGACACCGCGUCCAAAGUGUACUUAUGUGACUUAGGGUUCCCUAAGAAAGUGUUCACUGACCACGGCAUUGAAUACAUCUCCCCUUUCAGUCACAAAUUCAUUAUUCCUCUUCAUUCCCGAUCCUAGUCAGUUAAAUGUUUUAAUUGCAUUAUUGAUCUUCUGUGUUUUUAUGACAUGUGUUGUUUAUUUUUUUUCUUUUAAAUUGGAUGCAAGAGUUUACAUGACCGUGAACAGUAUUUUUGCAAGAUUGUUAUGAAUAUGCAUUCCGUUAUAAUAUGCUUUUACUUCAUUUGUGUUGUAUGUUUAUGUAUGAAGAUAUUCCAUUUGGAAGUGCUACUGUAUCAUUAUGACUGCCAAAAUGUACAGUGAUGUUUUUUGAAAAAAUUGUUUGUGUUCAUAGCUAGAUAUCUGUGAUGUUUUGUCAUUUUUUGUGUUGCUUGCCAGUCUUUGUGUAAAUGUUUUUUUUAUCUCUCCCUCUAACAUUUGUCAUAGGGAAGAAGUUCCAUUACUGAACCAUUUGCUCUGAAUUUUAAUCUUGUUUUCCUUUUUAAGUUUUACAAGUUCUGACUACUCUUACUAGAUAUUAAAUGCCAUUUUAUUUGUCUGUCUCCACAGAAAAAAGUAACAGUUUAUGAUUCCAGGGCUUAGCUCUCUUACACAAAUUUCCCGUCACAUGUACUUGUGGGGUAUUUUUUUUUAUUAAUAGCUAUAUAUGGGGCUAUCUAAAUUGCCUCCCUUAGUUUGUUUUUUUUCACAUUAAAGUGGUUAAUUUUAGAUUAUAAGAAUUUGAUUUAGUUUUGUGUCUUUAUCUGAAAUAGGACCAUAAAGGGCAUUUUUACUGAGUUGCUGUCAACUCGGUAUUUGUGAUUGAAAUGUUUGAAUGAAACCAGAUGUAGAUUUUGUAUUGGGCCAUUUUAUUGCUGUGAUUCCAAUAUCUAUGGGACUUAACAGAAACGGGAUUAAUCUUAAUUCUAAUGACAAGUGUGCUCAAGUUUCUGGAAAAAAAAAGAAAAAUUGUGAUUUUUUUUUCUGUAAGAUAACAAUUUGAAUUCUUGCAAUGUAAAUAGUAAACGUAUAGUAUGUAUCAUUACAUUUAUAAAUUUAAUUAUUUACCCUUUUCAUUGCAAACAACACAUGUCCAUUAUUUUUGACACAGAGAACUUGGCAGCUUACUAUGUUUGCUUUCCAAUAUAGGAUUUUAAAUGAAACUGGAUAGGGUAUAACAUUAAUCAUGGUAGUACAAAAGUCAACAUUAUUUCAUGAUUACCAUGCGGUUUUUUUUUUCAUUGAAGUAGCCCAAAUCUGUAAAUUGAAUAUCACAUGUUUCACAUUUUGUGGUAGAAACGGUCUCUGUACUGAAAUAUUUGACACAGGCUGAUCCGAUUUCAAUGAAUUUAAUUCAGUUAUGUACAUGUUUAUCAUUAUUGAUCAUUUUAGUGCACAUUGAAAGCAUUUAAUCAUUUGUCAUGACUAUGAAUUAGGGCCAUUUUAUAAGUGUACGUUAAUACCUAAGCCACAAUGUUUUGGCACAGUUGAGGAUAUGGAUGUUGAUAGGAUUGCACCAAAGAUCACUAACAGAAAUAUCCUCACCACUGGUAUAUGUAAAGUGUCCUAUAGGAAAACUUAGCAAAAAAGCUAACAUAUCAAAUAUAUGUGUCAGGUACUUUAUUUUCUCUGAUUCAAUUGUUGUUUGACAUGUCGGAAGAGAAAGGAAUGUUGGCCUCUGAAGAAGAGAAGGUAUGGCUUAUACUGUAAAUAUUUUAACAUUCCCACACCUACAGAUUUUGAGGGCAUAGGGCAUGAAAUAUGUAACUUGAGGUGGGGUUUUUAAUUUGGUGCACACAUUUGCUAUGAUAUUGUGUACUUUUUCAAUGAUCUCUUAUAUUUGUAGAUGUUUUAUUUUUUGUGCAAUAAGUAUAAUAUGAAUCUUUGUACAUACCUUUGUAAAUAUUAGUUCAUAAUCUGCACAUCCACUAUGAUUAUUGUAUAUCAAUGUAAAUUUGAAUUUUUGACCAUGUUGUUACAUUACUUCAGACAUUGAAUAACAACUGCAUCAAACCUUAUGAAGGAAAAAUAUAAACAUGACUCUGUGGAAUCAAAUUCAUUUGAGACUGUAUUCUUCAGCAAAUGGAACUUGGCAGCUUUUCAAGGACGAUGUCAUCAGGCAAAGUUGAUAGAAUGAAACAUUCUGCAAAAUGUGAGAAGAUUGAUAAAAGAUGAUAUCUGCAAGUUCUUUAUGAUUUUGGUCCUCUUAUGUAUGGACCAAAUGGAAGCUGUGCAAUGUGAUUUUAUGGUGCAACUGACUCAAACAAGGAGAGUUUCCUCCUGAGCAUAGAGUUGUCUCCUCUUAGACUUUGGAAAAAUGUCCAUUUUAAUAUUGUUUAGCAGCUGUAUGUUUUAAAUUUUUCACAGUUUAUUUUGAAUGUUUUAAUAUGGCCUGCUUGUGGAGCCUUGUUUUCUUCCAAACUAUGAUAGAAAUGAGAUUGUAAUCGAAAACACCUAGAAAUUUGUUGGGUCUUGUUCUAGUAUUAUAUUAUAUGAGAUAUUUUUUAAACUUCAAGAAUGUUUUAAAAGAAAAGGAAGGAGAUUAUAGAAAUGCCAGUAUUUACAGAGCAAAACAAUAUUUUUUAAUAUUUGUGAGAGAGUUAUGAAUAAGUCUGCAAACUUCAAUUUUUACAUGUAACAGACAGUUUCAACAAGGACUGUUUAUAUAGUCACAAAUUUUGUGUACUAAAUGAUUUAUAAAUCCCCUUUUUAUAAAAAAAAAAAAUUUAAAAAAAAAGGUAAAGACUUAAAAGGUAAAAGCUUAGCUAUUUGUACCCUUAGAGAACAAUUCAACAAUUUUAAUGAAUACCAAGAGAGGGUAAAAGAAAACUGUAACAAGUGUCCACAUAAAUGGCCCAAGUUGUGUCUGAUAUAAAAGACAAACUAGCUAUUUUGUUUAAAUAUGUGCCAAUGUGUUAUUAUUGUAUACUGUGUGUCAUAUCAUUCUGUUGUAAUAACAGUUGUGAUAGUCGUGAAUGGGAAAUACUUUGUUUUAGUGCAAGAACAUUUCAAAGAAUUCCACAUGACAUAUUUUCUCCAUUAUCGUAAACCUCAAUUUUAAACAAUUUUUUUUUUUAAUGGAGGAAUGUCUCUGGGUAACAUUUGUAUUUUCACAGAAGACUAAAUUAAGUGAUUGACUAGAUUUUUUUCCUCCUUUAUUUUUGAAUAUAAAAACCUGUUAUAGUUUUUUUUUUUUCCAUUUUGUUACAAUGUAUUAGGUUCAUUUAUCUUAAAAAUAGCCUGAGCAAAAUGCUCUGUUUAGCUUAUACAGCAAAACUUGUUUAUAACGGACAUGGAUAUAACAAAUUUACAGCUAGGUCCCUUGAAAUUCGCUAUAAACGAGUUUUGCUGUAGUUGGUUUUUUUUCUUUAAUGAAUUUUAUUUUUCCUUAUUUCAAUGAGAAAAAAAAAAUUGAAAUCCAACUUUUAACAAUUGAGUAAGUAUCAUCCCCUUUUUUUCCUACAUAAUUGUUACUUUCAUUCUGAAUGAGAUGGUGCAAACCAGCUGAUUAUUUGUGUGAUGACAAGUUUGAACAUGUGCUACCAGUUUGUUUAUAUGAAUUGUAGUUGUAUAAAAAUGCACUCUCGCUUACUUAUCUGUGUGUGUGUGGGAUGGGGAAGGAAGGGGUAAUUUUGAUUAUUAUCAGUUGUUGAUAAUGGAAUGUGAGUGUGAGAAUCCAUAAACAUGGCAAAAAUGUCUCCAAAAAAUUCAUUGACUCAAUGUCAAUUAAAGAAUGUGAACUGUAGAUGUGUGUGUGUGUGUGUGUCAGUGAUAACGUGUCUGCUAGAGAUAAAAUGAGAGAAACUAAUUUAUGAUAUUGAUUUACAUGAAAUUGAUAUUUACCAUGUUUUAAGGAUUUUUUCGUCUGUUAUUAUCUUUGAGAGGGCUUUGGGAGGUAGAACAGGAAGGGGGUGUCUUACAUUUUAGAUUUAGUGAAUACUUAUGGUAUUUGCCUUGCACAUUCAAAGCAUUUCAUGCAACAGUAAUUGAUGUUGAUAUUUAGCCUAAACUAUGAAAGAUUUGAGGGUAUUCAUGAAAAACAUCGAUAAUCAUGUUCUGCACAUCAAUAAAAUACAUGUAUUACCUAUAAUUAAUAAUGCAAACUGGUGUAAACCAACUACAUGUAUUGUUAAUUUAGUGAUUGAAUAGAGAUAGAUGGUUCUUGGAAACUAAUUUUUUUGGUAAUAUUGACAUUUAUUAAAAAGAUUGAAAAUAGUUCUGAUUUAAACAUAAAACCAAGUUAAUUACUUGAAAUUCUUCAAUACAGUGUAAUUAUUUGGUGCUGGAAGAGGGCAUAUGUUUUGAAGUUGCUAUCCAAUAUAUAUUAAUAUUGAAGCUGAACUGUAAUCAUUUAUGUGUGAUUUAUUUCCAUUAGUUUAAUGAUUUACUGUCUUGAUUUAAAUAUUCCCCAUAUCAAGUUUAAAGUUAAAACUUGAAAUUAUUUAAAAAUCAUUCUGUCAAUUUUAAAUGAGAAUUCAGCUAGUUUUGAAUGACAAUCUGCUUCAUAGGUAUUUGGAUUUUUUUUUCCUAAAUAUGUAAUAAUAUCUUUAAAAUGUUCUAAGUGUGCCUACUGAUAAUUAACACAGAGUAAUGUUCAUACUUAAAUUUGAGCUAAUGUUGUAUAGUAUUUUUCUUAAACAUUUAUUUAAUUUUAUCCUUACAACUAGGGCAUACAUGUAGUUGAAUCUUUUUAACCUUUUUCUUUUAUAUAUGUUUCCUUUCCUUUUAUAUGUUUUACAGUCUUUUUAAACCAAUAAUUGUGCAUAAUCGUAAUGUAUGACAUAACAAGGUCUUAAUAUACCUAUACACAUGGGAGAGUAAUUUCGAGAAGCAUUGGAAGAUUAUGAAUUAAAGGAAGCCAAGAAAAAGCACAUGAAUCUUAGAAAUUAUGUUUUUGAAAAGGUGAACAUAUUCCUUGCCGUUAUAAGAAAUAUAUUUCCUAAUUGUUAUGGUCUCCCCAUUUUUAUUUUGUUUUCUUUAAUUUCUUUUUAACCCUUCAUUUCAAGUAGAAAAGAAAAAAGUUUAGAUUUUCUUUAAAAAAUCCCAGUAUUUGAAAGUUCAUGUUUUUGAUGACUUUGUUACUUUACCUUGUUAGUUUUAUUUAUAAUUCCAUCUUGAUAAAAAAUGCAAGCUAAAUUAUUAUUUAAUGUAAAAGAAGAUGUGACAAAUGGAUAAUAAUGAUUUAAUGAAAACAUGCAUAUUUCUGCAAUGUGCUGAAAUUAAUUCAGAUGAAGUAUCUGAAGUUUAUUUUAGUUCAGUUUUGGAGAGUACAAAAAAAUAUUUGUAUUAACACCAGCUAUUGAAGUGUCUUUAAUGAUUUGUGUGUAAACAUCAUCACCAAAUUUUUAUAUUUAAACAUUAGAUUUAAUUCAAUUGGAAAGCUAAUUACGUACAUGUACCAUUGUAUUAUUUUGAUUUCUUAGACCAUUGUUCAAAUAUGUCACAUCUUUCAAGCUAUACAUUUUGUAAAUACAUUUUUUGGUGCAUUUUCUUCUUAGCCAAAUUAUACUAUUUUGGUUGAUUUCCUUAACAUACAUGCUCCAAAAUCUGUAUUUACAACUUGAGGAAAUAAUGGCUCUAUGGACUGUUCCUUUGGAAUCGGAUUUAAUCAAAAGUAGUGUAGUUACAAAGAGUAGAUUUGUUUUAUAUUGUUGUCUAGGUUACUAGUAUUAACUACUUUGAAUUUUAUUUGUCCAAGAGACACAUUCAUCUGUGAAAAGAUAUGUCAAUUGUAUCUAUUAAAUUUAGCAUGACAUUUUGUCUUUUUAAAAUGCUUACUAUUCAGAAACUACAAAUUUUUUUUAGCGUUUAAAGCACGCGAUUUAAUAAUUUAAUGUAUGCCAACUGUUUGAUUAAAAUCAUGGCAAUAUUCUUUUAUCAAAGUAUUUAUGUUUUCAUUUUUUUCUCAACAUUCACGAUUUGGUUUUUAUAAAAAUCUUCUUUUUUUAAAUGCUACAUGUACAUUUGGACUUUUUUAAUGUGAAAACUAAAAACAGUCAGUUUUAAUUUUCUUCCAACAGAUAUGUUUUUGGACAUUAUAUAUUCAUAUAUCGGUAUGUUUAAUUGAAAUAUUUUCUUUAAAGUAUAUUAAUUAUUAUUCUAUAUUACAAUGUCAUGUGGGUCUUGAUAUAUUUCAGUGAACUAAAUUGGUGCAAAUAAUAUCAGCAAUCUUUCAUAAUCUGACUUACUGAUGUUUGUUUCAAGGUUGUUUUAAAAUGUACCAAUUUAGGGGCAACUAUUUAGAAUUAAAAUUUUACCAGCAAAGAGCACUCUGAUAUCUUUUAUUUAAAAAAAAAAACAACUUUAAUAUGUAAUUUUAAGUUAUGCUUUUAAUAACCAACUUGUGAGAUACUAAGAUUUCUAUUUCGAACAAGACAAGCUUUAAAGUACAUGUAUAUCUAAAGUUAAGUUAGCAAUGUUCAGUGGGUCGGUCACACAUCCGCUACUAAUGCUGAAACUUUUUUUGGCUGAAAUAUCUUUUAAACAAUAUGUAAGCCGAGAUCUCGGACAUCUUUUUUGAAGGUAUGAUAGUCUUUAGAAUGGUAUACUGUUUUUAUCUCUAAUAUGACAUCAAGUUGUAUACCUAAAGUAUCAAAUAAUACUUUUAUCUUUGUGAACUUUCUUUAGUGCAAAUCAAGAUCUAUUCAAUAAAGUAAAUUCAUGUACCAAUA